GUACAAACAAACAAGUUUGUAGGCCAGUCUCAAUUGAUAUCUCGGGAGAGAUACUUGUGCUUUUGCUCUUUCAAUAAUUCAAAACGAACCAGACAUGGUCAAAAUACAUAAUUUCGGUGCUGGUCCAGCAAAAUUACCAGAAGAAGUAUACGACAUCAUCAAGAAAGAACUUACAAAUUACGAAAACUCAGGAAUAAGUUUAUUGGAAACAAGUCAUCGGACCGCCACUUAUUUAAACUUAAACACAGAAAUUCAAACAGUAGUUAGGAGAUUACUGAAUGUGCCAGCAAAUUACAAAAUUCUGUUUCUGUCUGGAGGUGGACAAGGAGAAUUUGCUGCAGUCCCGCUUAAUCUGAUCUCUCGAACAGGAACCGCCGACUAUGUUGUUACGGGCGCCUGGUCAGCGAAGGCCGCUAAAGAAGCUAAGAAGUAUGGAAAGGUGAACAUCGUGACGCCGCCUACUGACCGUUACACGGAAAUCCCUGAUCAGUCUACGUGGAAGCUAGACCCCAACGCUUCUUAUGUACACAUCUGCACAAAUGAGACUAUACAUGGCAUUGAAUUUGACUUCAUCCCCGAUACUAAAGGAGUACCGCUAGUAGCUGAUAUGUCCUCCAAUUUCAUGUCCAAGAAAGUUGAUGUUUCCAAGUUUGGUGUUAUCUACGGAGGCGCUCAAAAGAACAUUGGCACAUCAGGAGUAGCCCUGGUCAUCGUGAGAGAAGACCUCCUGAACCAGGCUCUGCCGAUAUGCCCCUCCAUUCUCGACUGGACCGUCAACGCCAAAGCGGACUCUAUCCUCAACACGCCACCUAUGUUUGCCAUCUACAUAAUGGGUAGAGUGCUCCAAUGGAUCGAGAGGAAAGGCGGCCUUGACAAAAUGGCUGAACUGGCUACCAAGAAGUCUUCCAUCAUCUACAACAUCAUCGAAGAGUCCAAAGGCUUCUACUACGCCCCAGUCGCCAAGAAGGAUAGGAGCAGAAUGAACAUUCCGUUCAGGAUCGGCUCGCCGCAAGGAAAUGAUGCUUUGGAGAAGGAGUUUUUGAAAGGGGCCGAGGCUAUAGGAUUGAUUCAGCUUAAGGGACACAGGGAUGUCGGUGGGAUUCGGGCUUCAACGUACAAUGCCGUCACCGUCGAGGAAGUAGAGGCUCUAGCCAAGUACAUGAAGGACUUCUAUAGUAAGCACUCUAAGUAAUUACAUAUAUAAGUAGUUAAUAUUAAUACAGUACUAAUGUAAGGUACGUUGAUAGUAUUUUUGAUAUUAUCUUUUGUAUUUAGAGUUAUUGAUUGGCUGUGUAACGUUAUGAAUAAAUUUAAUAAUUGAAU